AUGGCCGCAUCAGUCGGAGUCCUUCACAAAGUUUUCAAAGUCGGUAUCAUCUGCGGCAGCCAGCGCUCUCCCCGCGCCGGGCCACAGAUCACCGAUUUUGUGUAUAAAACCAUCCAAGCUCACCAGGGCAGGAAAGAAAAUAUCGGAGAACAUCCCGCAAUCACAUUUGACCACAUCGAUCUCGCGGCCCUCAACCUGCCCAUUUUGAACGAGCCCGCCAUCCCAAACCAGAUAAAGUCCCCUGAGGCUUAUGUCCACGAGCGCACAAGGUCCUGGUCCCGCCGCGUCGAUGCCCUCGACGCUUUUGUAUUCGUCACACCUCAGUACAACUGGAGUAUCCCGGGCGGCCUUAAGAACGCGCUCGACUACCUGCUCAAUGAGUGGAACGACAAGGCAGCCAUGAUCGUCUCGUACGGCGGUCGCGGGGGAGGCAAGUGCGCCGUGCAUCUGGAGAUUGUGUUGGGCGGCGCACUGAGCAUGAGGCUGGUCAGUAAGACGGUCAACCUCACGUUUCCUGGAAAUCAGUUUCUCAUCAAAGCCGCGGGAGGCCAGGAGUUGGGUUUGGAUCCUGCAAAGGACAACGGGAUCUGGAGUGAGAAGAGGAGCGAUAUCAUUAGUGCCUGGGAUGAGCUGAUUGAAUUGCUGGUGACGGGGAAGAAAGGGAAGUUCAUCGCGCCGGACUGGGAGACUAAGCUUCUUUAG